AAUAGCCAACAAAAGGCCGCGCUAAUUUCUCCCUCGAGCGUCUUCCGCCCUCCGGUCUCCUCGUUUCCUCGCUUCCUCCCUAACCCGAAGUUCAACACGCCAGAGGAGGAAGAAGCAUCGAGGAUAGAGAAAUUGCUCGUCGCAAUCCUCCAUUCGGCCGUCUUCGUCCACAAAAGAGCUCCUUUUCCUUCCGCUCAGCUCUCAUUUUGUCACAAAGUUCGUCCUUGGAGGCCAGUCAGCCAACCAAAAGGGGGGCAGAGAGGCCUCAGGCAAGGAACGAGAUCCCUUGCGUUCCACCUCAAUGACAUGCUAGGCCUCGGUGUUUGUUGAAUUUUGGCACAUUUCGUGGUUUGGAUUUCUUCUUUAGGGUUUGGGGAUGCCUCUCCUUUUCGGUAAUUCGAGCCGUGCGUUAUAGGUUUGGAUCUUUUGCGCCUUCACGGAAGAGAAAGAAUCCAUCUUUGGCGCCUUUUGAUUCCUAGUUAGGCGUUCAGGCGUUGGUCGUCUCCAGUUGCGGAUUUCUGAUGCUUUCUUUCUGGCAUUGGCCUUUUGGAAUCUAUCCAUUCAACAGGAGAACAUCGAAAUAAUAUUUAUGAAAAGUGACCAUAUGGUUUUAUCAUACGAUAGCUCAAGCUUAUGAUUCUGCGUGAUUAGUAUCUAUCCAUUCACGGGUAACUUCAGAUGAUUCUUGGUUCUGGACAUUAGGAUCAUGACUGAGAGAUUUCUUACUUCAAGGAAGGACGUCAACUGAUCUUCUGUGUAAGGCAUAGGUGAUAUUCUGAGAGCUAUUCGGCAAGGACAAACUUAUGUCAUGAGAAUGGUAGCAUAUAUGUACAGGCUGUAUCAGAGAGAUGAUGGCCUUAAGCAGGAAUGGUAUGAUUGUUGGAUGUAUGAUUUUGUUUCUGGUUAUUGUUCCACAACUGUCAGCAGGGAGACAAUUACAGUUCUUCAGUUUGACUCAUUAUAUGAUAGAAAAAAUGUUGCUUGAUUGUGGUCUGCAAUUGGAAGAUAUAAAUGAGAUUAUUAACAAUUGUCGAUUACCUCUUUUGGAGGCCUUUGUCAAAGAUUCUAAGCAUAUCUAUGUAAAAGCUCGUUCACCGACAGGAGAUGCCCAAGAUGAAGCUGCAACUUCUCUAUGUUCACAUCUUCCACACUAUCUUGAAAGUUUGAGAAAACAGAGCCACCAAGCUCUUAGUUCACUAGAAGAGAAUGGCUAUAAGAACUUGUAUUCUUGUUAUCUUGGCCACUUACUUGGACAUCCUUCAAGACGGAAUCUUUCUGGUCAAUCUGCAACAGCCGGUGCACCUGUUUCUCAUGCUUCAGCUGCAUCACCAUAUACUGCAAAUGGAUUUGAUCCAUUGCCUUCCCCUCCCCCAGUUCCUGCAAGGAGACAAACUCCUGAUGUACUUCCAACUCAUGGUCACAUAUCCUCUUCAUCAAAAUUUAGCAUGAGUGCAGAAGAAAAUUUGCCACCAGAGACACAAGAGACCAUCAACGAGACCAUUUUUCUUGCAGUUGUUUUAAGCGUAACUGGGACAUCUUUUUUUGCAGUAAUUCUCUUCAUCAUAUAUUACAAAUGCCGUAAGAAAAAGAUUUUUUUACGUUCUAGCUUAAGAGAUGACAGUCCACUCCUAAGUCAUAGUUUGAGUGACCUCUCUGGUUCUCCACAAAGCCCUACAAGCUUAGUAAGCUUAAAAGGGAAGAAUAAGUUGGAAGUUUCAUCCCAUAAAUCCGAACCAAAACAUGAUAAUGCUUCCUUGAAUGUUGACUCAACUGAAGACUCAAGAUUUUCCAAUUCAUUAAUAGAUCCCUCUAGUGUGCCUACAAAUGUACCUUCACAACUUCCACAAACUCAAGAAGGGCAGCCAUCACCACCACAAUCACUUGCACCUCCAUCUACUACAGCUGUAACCCAGCAACCUCCACAAACUCCUCCACCACCACCACCACCACCACCUCCACCAUCACCUUCUGGUCAUCCACCACCACCACCACCACCUUCUGGUCAUCCACCACCACCACCACCACAACCACCACCUAGUGGUCAUCCACCAUCGCCACCACAACCACCACCGCCACCACCUUCUGGUCAUCCACCAUCACCACCACAACCACCACCUUCUGGUCAUCCACCAUCACCACCACAACCACCACCUUCUGGUCAUCCACCAUCACCACCACAACCACCACCACCACAACCACCACCACCUUCUGGUCAUCCACCACCACCACCACCACCACCAUCACCUUCUGGUCAUCCACCACCACCACCACCACCUUCCGGUAUUCCACCACCUCCUGGAUUUCCACAAUGUCAAGGACAUCCACAAGGUCCAUCUGAACAAUCCCCUCCGCGAGCUUCAGGACCUCCACAACCUCCAGGACCUCCACAACCUCCAGGACCUCCACCACUGCCUGCAGUGGCUCCUCCAGUUCAAAAGGACGAUCCAGUUGCUAGGUCGCCGCCACCACCACCACCACCCAACAAAAAAGUUGGUACCCCUUCGCCUCCACCAAACUCUUCUACUGCUCCCCUUCCACCACCCCCAAACGCAAGAGUGCCACGGCCAGCCCCACUUGGACUAAAACAUACUUCAUCAAGCAACCAAGCACCAAAAACAAAAUUGAAGCCAUUCUUUUGGGAUAAAGUUCAUGCAAACUCUGAUCAAUCAAUGGUGUGGGACCAGCUUCAGUCUGGUUCUUUCCAGUUUGAUGAAGAGAUGAUUGAAAGUCUAUUUGGCUAUACACCUGUUAAUAACUCGAAAAUUGUUGGGAAGGAGUUAUCAUCAAAGGUCCCCGUUCAGUUUGCUCGAAUACUUGAUGCCAAGAAAUCCCAAAAUUUGGCAAUUUCAUUGAAGGCUCUGAAUGUGAAAAUAGUAGUAGUCCGUGGUGCGCUCUUGGAAGGAGAAGGAAAUGAGCUUUCUGUGGAGUUACUCCAAACAUUGCUCAAGAUGGCUCCUACAGUUGAUGAAGAGCUGAAGCUUCGAUUGUAUACAGGAGAUCCCUCUGAACUUGCUUUAGCAGAACAGUUCUUGAAGGCUUUACUGGAAAUUCCUUUUGCUUUCCAACGAGUAGAUGUACUACUUUUCAAGGCUUCUCUGCCAGAAGAUGUUUUAAAUGUCAAGCAGUCAUUCUCUAUACUAGAGAUGGCUUGUGGAGAGUUAAAAAAUAAUCGUCUGUUCUUGAAGCUAUUAGAAGCUGUUCUUAAAACUGGCAAUCGUAUGAAUGAUGGUACCUUCCGUGGGGGAGCACAAGCAUUCAAGCUCGAUACACUCUUGAAGCUUUCAGAUGUCAAAGGAACUGAUGGCAAGACAACACUGUUGCAUUUUGUUGUCCAAGAGAUAAUCCGAUCAGAAGGGGUGCGUGCUGUUCGCCAGGCAAGGGAGCGAAGUGGGAGCAUCUCUAGUGUCCAUUCCAGCGAUCUUUCUGAUGAUUCACUCCACGAAUCCGAAGACUACUUCCGUAAACUUGGUCUCAAAGUUGUUUCAGGCGUCGGAGAUGAACUUCAAAAUGUCAAGAAAGCUGCAGGUCUGGACGCUGAUGCAUUGACAUCGUUGGUAGCAAGCCUUAACCACAGAUUAUCAAAGACGAAGGAAUUCCUAAAUACAAGCAUGAAGAGUCUCGAGGAAGAAAGUGGGUUUCAUAACACGCUAAAGAAGUUCUCCUCGGAGGUUGAAACUGAAAUCACUUUCAUUUCAGAGGAGGACAAGAGAAUAAGAUCUUUGGUGAAGAAAACCAUCGACUUUUUCCAUGGGAAUUCAGCCAAGGACGAGGGGCUACGAUUGUUUGUAAUCGUACGAGACUUUCUUCUGAUUUUGGAAAAGGCAUGCAAAGAAGUUAGAGAAACACCAAGGAAAGUGAAGCAGCCAGCUCCGACUCGUGAAAACUCGUCGUCAUCACCCAUGCCCAGUCCAAAGCUGCUGCUUUUUCCGGCGAUCAAAGAUCGACGUGUGGACGGUAGUUCUAGCUCAGAUUCCUCGAACGAUGAAAGUUGAUUGCCCGACCUCAAUUUGAAAAAAGUUUUCUUAAGCACUGGCACAGGAUGCUGGAAACUACCACCUUUUGGAAGACGCUGGCAUUGCUUAACGAUCAACAUCCGUUACGAUCCAGAAGCAAAAUCUAGGUCGCAGAACGUUGAAGAACCACAUCUGCAUGCCUAUGUGCGGUCAUCGACCCCAUGGCAUAUUGGAAGCAAAACUAGAAACACACUGAAUUUUGUUCUUGAGCCUAGCAGUUUGUGCAUGUCUAAAAGUGUUAGUUUGCAAGAUUUUUGAAUCAUUUGUAUGAUACACGUGAUGGAGGACUGGCGUUUUUGUUUCAUGCCAUCGGCCUUUGUUGGCACUGCUGUGUACCAUGUAAGCAAUGUCAGAGCUAAGUGAUGAACAUGGUUUAGAUA